AUGGCUGUCGCUGGCUCCUCAGAAAAGCGCCCAGAAUGGUGCCCGCCUGGAAGAAGUCGACAUAUCACUCCACCGAGAAGGCCAGGCUCUCAGUCUUCGUCUGGGAGUUCUUCAAAGAGGCCAAAUUCUUCUUCAUCUUCACGACAUAGUCCAUCACCGACGACUCCUUUAUCUUUGGAGCCGCCUACUAAAGUAAGGCGGAAAUCAAGUAACCAACUAUCUAAUUCCCAAUAUCAAAGACCAAGGUCGAGUUCCCCAGCUUGUAAUGAUGGGGCAGUAAGCCAAGGCUCAAGCCCGUAUGUUCAUGGCAAGCUCAAGGAACCAGACCUUGAGCUAUCUCAGGGAACCCAAAGUCUCUCAACUCUAUUCAGUUUGCCGAAACAUUUGUUCUAUGUACGUGACAGUGGCCAAGCAUAUGAGUUAGGCUUUUCGUCGGGGCAGGGUGUUCUAACGCUGGGGUUACGAUUGGCCGAAGAGAUUGAAAUGCGCUGCCAACUCCAAGAUCAGCUUGCUGAGCUCGCUGUACAACUAAAGAAGGUUUCCGAGGACCGCGACGAAGCUCAAUCUCGUGCCAACCACUUAGAGCAACGAUUAAAUUCUGCUCUCAAAGUCCAGGCAACUCGGCAAGCAUCAAAAAAGUUAGAGGCCGCCUCCACCUUGGCAGAUGUUCGACCAACACCUGCUAACCCCGAAGAGUUUACGCCGGAAAAUUACAUCUGGGUAAACCAGCAAUGGGACCGCGUUGCAAAGGAAAAUCUCAGAAUGGAUAACUCUCUACACAUUGCCGGUGUAGAAAAACGCCAGCUAGAGACUGAAAUUAUCAGACUCUCUCAGGAAAUAGAGAACUACCAGAAACGGAAUAUGGGUCAUGGAAGGUCCAUGAACGACGCUGCACAGCAGACCGAAGAUGAGCCGCCGCGAAUAGCAACAGUGGCUACCCAAACAGAUUUUAUGGAUCAGAUCUCGCUGCAAAACACGGAGAACAAGUGCAUUGAGUCAGAACAUCAGACAGUUCCUCCUCAGCAACCGAGGAUUGUAAUGACCGACGCUGCAGUUCAAGCUGGAGAACAGCAUGACGAGAGCAUUCUGCUUGAUGAGUUACCCGACCAAACAAGCAAAGACUCUGGGGCACUGGAGGUAACUAUACAAGAGCUAACAAGCGACAAAAAAAGGCUUGAAAAGCUGCUUGAAGUGUGCAUCAAACAGAACGCUUCUGGACAGGACAGCUCGGCACAGACAGUAGGGACAAGAGGCUGGCUGAUCAGAGCGAAAAUGAUGUUAAUCGUCAGGAGAACACUGAGAGAAGAUCUGCUCUCGAGCAACCUCAAAACAAAGACAGCCCUCCAGAAGAACCAGAGAGUCAAGUCAGUGACGCAAACCCAGAAGAAGAAGAAGCUCGGCGACCUCUCAAACACCGUGAUCGUUCUCACGAAGUGUAUACACAGAAAAAGAAAACUCUAUGGCCACUUGGAUGGGCAAGAUAUCGCCGUCGAACCUUGA